AUGAACUGGAGGAAUAAGGAUGAAACACACUUACUUCAGUCUUCUCGCAGUCAGUCAGUCAGUCAGUCAGUCAGUAACUCAGUGAGACAAACAGAAAGAAAACAGACAGGUGUGAUGUGUAUGUUCAGGCGUGUGUGUGCAGUGCUGUGUGUGAAUUUGUGUGUGUGUCUUAACCUGCUGGAGGAGGCUGUGAUGUUCAGCGGGCCGACAGGAAGCCUCUUUGGAUUCUCUGUCGACUUUCAGGUCAUCGACAAGUCCUAUGUUGUCAUUGGAGCUCCCAAAGCCAACACCAGCCAAUCUGGAGUGAUGGAGGGAGGCGGCGUGUUCCUCUGCCCCUGGUCACCUGGAGGCGGGGACUGUAACAUCGUUGAGUUUGACCUUAAAGGUGAUGAGAACUACAUCAACUCAGGUCUGUUAAUUCACACCUUUAAGAGUAAACAGUGGUUUGGUGCGUCAGUUCGAUCAGUCAACAACACACACUUACUGGCAUGUGCACCGCUCUUCCAUUGGAACGUUCAGAGAGGAGGGGCGGAGUCAGGGAAAACACCUGUGGGGAACUGUCUCCUAUUGGACCACAAGACAGGAAACUCCACCUACUUCUCCCCCUGCAGAGGAGUCUUGAUGGACAAUGACUACAAACUCAUGAGGAACAGAAACGACCAGCGCUACUGUGAGGUUGGCUUCAGCGCUGACAUCACCAAGGAAGGUCGGUUUGUGCUAGGAGCUCCAGGAAGCUUCUUUUUCCAGGGUCAGGUCAUAACAGUGGGCAUAAGUGACAUCAUCAACAAUGAGCAGGGCCACACUCCCAUCCAGUAUGUAGCAGGGACCAGCCAGUCGGAUGAGAUUUACGGUAAUUACAACGGUUACGACGUUUACCAUGGUUACUCUGUGGCCAGUGGUCUGCUGACUGGAGAUUCCACACCAGAUUUCCUUGUUGGUGUCCCAAAUGAUAGAAACACAGCAGGAACAGUGAAGAUCUACAGCGGCAGAAGCAUUGGAUCGCUGAGAGUUUACCACACAUUCUUUGGGACUCAGGUGGCGUCUUACUUUGGACACAGUGUGGCCGUGGCCGACGUCAACAGUGAUGGUUUGGAGGACGUCCUGGUUGGGGCCCCUCUUUUCAUGGACAGAGUGAAGGAGCAGCUGCAGGAGAGAGGACAGGUGGUCCUGUACCUGCAGAAAAGACACGCAUCCUUCUCCUCACAGCCCGACCAAUCACUUCUUGGCCCCUCCCUCUAUGGCCGCUUUGGUUCGGCCAUCGCUGUGCUGGGUGAUCUGGACAUGGACGGUUACCAAGAUGUGGCUGUUGGCGCCCCCUGGUCUGGGGAGAAUGGACGAGGCCAGGUGUUCAUCUACCUGGGUAACCCGAAUGGCCUAUCUGCCACGCCUUCCCAGGUGAUCAACAGCCCAUUGCCCAACAGCAGAGCAGCAUUUGGUUUUACUUUGAGGUCAGGUGUUGACAUUGACGAGAACGGAUACCCAGAUCUGAUUGUUGGAGCGUGGGCUAUAGACCGAGCUUUCGUCUACAGGUCGCAGGCCGUGAUCCGGUCCACAGUCUCUCUGACUCUGCUGCCAGACUUCCUGAAUCCAGAUGUAAAACAGUGUCGUCAAGGAAACACACCUGUUUCCUGUUUUAUUAUUCAGAUGUGUGUCCACGUGUCCGGUUUCAGAAUUCCCCAGGAGACAGAACUCGGGGUUGAGCUACAGCUGGACAAGAUGAAGCAGCCAAUGGCGCGACGGACACUGCUGCUGUCGACCAAUCUGCCGCAAGAGGCGACGACACUGGUGGUACAGAGGGAGGUGGGCGUGGCCUGUGUCAAUCACACCGCCUACCUGAGGUCUGCAGAGGAGGUUCGGGAUAAGCUGAGUCCUAUCUUCAUCAGUGUUAAUAUAAGCCUCCUCAACACUACCCAGCAUGCUUUGCUGCAUGGACAGACACACACUGUUGCACAAACCAGGAUCAUUCUGGACUGCGGGGAGGACAACAUCUGUGUCCCUGACUUGAAGCUGAGCGCCGAGCCUGUGUCUGACAGCGUGCUGGUCGGUGAGGAUCAGUCAGUGUUGCUGUCAGUGUCCGCAGUGAAUGACGGUGAGGGGGCGUACGAAACCGAACUGGUGGUCCAGAUCCCUGAACACACACACUUCCAGAGCAGUCAGGGUGUCAGCAGGCUGGUGUGUAUUCAGAGGAAGGAAAACCAGACCGUCGUUGUUAUCUGUGACCUGGGUAACCCCAUGAGACGAGGACACACACUUCAGACAACGCUCCUGUUCAGUGUCGGUCACCUGGAGGAGGUGGAGAGUCACAUCACCUUCAGCCUCAGAAUCAGGAGUAAGAACUCGGUGAACGCCAGCAGUGACAAGGUGACGGUGAAGGUCCAGGUCAAAGCAGAGGCGACACUGGAGAUCAGAGGAGGCUCCUCCCCUCAGGACAUUGUUCUGCCUCUCCCUGACUGGCAGCCUGCAGAGCAUCCUGGGAGUUUAGAAGAAGUGGGCCCACUAGUGGAACAUGUUUAUGAGCUGAGGAAUCAAGGGCCAAGUGUGGUCAACGCCAGGUUGACAGUGGACUUCCCCUCCCGCUGGAAACAUCACUUUCUGCUAUACAUCUUCUCCAACGCCUCAGAAGAAUCGCUGACCUGCUGGGCCCUGAACGCAUCACAGAUAGACCCAUUCCAGCUGGUUGGUAACUCCUCCGAUGUUCCUGCAGUUUCUCGGUUGACCCAUCAGGAGGAGACAAACUCACCCAGACAAACUGUUCACAUGAACUGCAGCAGCAGUGAGGUGGGCUGCAUCAGGUUUGUGUGUGAUGUUGUGGCGUUGGGGCGGGGCUUCAGCGCCGUCAUCAGGAUAUCUGCGCGUCUGUGGACACACACUCUGAUACAGACUCCCUACCUGAACUAUGAGUUUGUUUCAUCUGCUUCAUAUGACGUCCUCAACACAUCGUCAAAGGUCCAACCUCUGCUGCUGCCCAGCGGACACACACAGACUCAGCUCAGCGUGUCAUGGCGUCCUCCCGAUGCAGAAAAAGACAUUCCUUUUGGCUACAUCAUCCUGUCGAUCAUCUCUGGACUCCUUCUCCUCUGUCUGCUCUGUUUCAUCUUCUGGAAGCUGGGUUUCUUCAGGCGAACCCGGCCCCCAACUGAUGACGAUGAUGAUGUCAAUGAAGAGCAGCGGGUGGCUGAGGAGUCACAUGACUGAAUGACAGUCACAUGAUGAAUGCUGGACAGACAGAGAGGAGGGAUGCCUUAAUGUUACCGUUUGAAUUGCUCAAUCUGAAUAAGUUUCUCAGCCUUUUGAAACAUUUUCAUAAAUGUCUGCACCGCAACUAGCUUAUGAGUUUCACUUUGAAUAAAAAAAACUGCCUCACCGUCUGCAAA